AUGAAAGCCACCUUCACAUCCGGAAGCAUCUUGGCCAUAUCACUUCUCUCCUCCUUCUCCCUAUACGAGAAGGGCCUGGCGUAUAGCACUCUUCUGCGACAGGAUCGUAACAACGGCAUACAUCUCGCCGUGUCUCCUGUGUGCGGCCCGCUCUCCGGCAACGUAUCGGAUGUGAACACGGGUAUUGACCUCUCAAAGGUGAAGACUAUCGUCGCAUUCGGGGACUCCUACACCGAUGGCGGAAGAGAGGAUGGCGGCCCGCUCGCCCCGCCUGUCGUGAUACCUCCCGAAGCACUUGCUGGUGGGCGGUCCACCGAUGGCAAGGUCUGGGUUGAGAAUAUCGCCGACGACAUCGGCGCCACGCUCAUGGACUACGCCCAAUCUGGAGCUUGUACGGACUUGCGCCUGUGGCCGAGCGCGAUCAAGCAGGCCGAUUUCGUCGGGCAGGUAAAGACGUUUCUGAACCAGUCAAAUGAGCUCGACCCAGAGACCACGCUCUAUGCUGUCUUCUUUGGUAUCAACGACUACGGCGAUUCCAUGACCGACGGCACGGCGAACCUGCAAGCCGCCGCACAGGUCAUCAUCGACCAGAUCCGCAUCCUCGCGAGCCCGCCGACGAACGCGCGCGCCUUCCUCGUCACGGACGUGUACGGGCGCGGCACGCACACGCCCGCGGGCGACGCGUUCGUCCAGUCCGUCUUCUCUGGCCUGCAUGACCUCCGCGCCAACUCGUCUUUGUCCGCGUCCACCUCCACGUCCGCGUCCACCUCCACGUCCGCGUCCACACCCACGGGCGGCGAGGAUGGGGGAAAGGGCGAGGACAAAGGUAGGAUUCAGGUCGCGUUCGCGGAGUUCGCGCGGAUCUGGGACGGGGUGCUCGGCGCGGACCCGGGCUUCGAGGCGUUCGGGUACGUGAGCACGGACGCGUGCAUCGUGGACUGCUCGUUGACGCGGUGCACGACGGACGGGAUGUGCGACGAUCCGGAGCAUUACUUCUACUAUAUCGAUGGGCACCCGUCGAAGGAGGGGCACCGGAUUAUGGCGGAUUACGUGGAGGAGGUGAUGCGGAGGUGUGGUGAGGUGCCGGAUGCGUGA